AUGCGUAAAUCCUUCUUCGGCUCCGUCAAGGAUAAGCUGUCGAGAAAGUCCAGCGACACAACCCCAUCUGAUCCCACGACGAACAAGAACAUUGCGUCAGCACGCGCGCCUUCGCCAGCACCGGCGCCAGCCCAGGCCUCUGCCCCGGCACCUACGCCGGCGGCCCGCACCACGAACAACAACCCGUUCUCCAAUCCAUCUCCCGCCACUCGCCGACCGGAACCCCCCCCUGCCUACGCCGACGUUCCCAGUAUUGAGGUCGGGACCGGUCCCAUGCCCCAGAACCCCACCCCGGCCCCACGCAGUACCUCUCCCGCCCCCUCGCACACUUCUCAGGUCUCCCUGACCAGCGUCACCAAUGAAGAGGACCCGUAUGCUUUCCUGGCACAGUUUGAUACGGUUUUCGUCAUUGACGACUCUGGCUCCAUGGCUGGUCGCUCAUGGCGCGAGGUGAAAGAUGCCCUGCGCGCCAUCACCCCAAUCUGCACGGCCCACGACGCCGACGGGAUCGACCUCUUCUUCCUCAACCACAAAUCCGCCCAGCCCGCCGUCAAGGGCUCUGCUGCCGGCGGCUUCCGUGGGAUCAACGACGCGGCGAGAGUCGAAAACAUCUUCUCCACCGUCCGCCCUUCUGGUGGCACACCUACUGGCACUCGCCUCCACGCCAUUCUGAAGCCCUACCUCGCUCUCUGCGCCGCCAACGAGGCCGACAUUGAGUCCGUCAAGCCCAUAAAUAUCAUCGUCAUCACCGAUGGCGUGCCUUCUGAUGAUGUCGAGACGGUCCUCAUCAACGCCGCCAAGAAGCUUGACAAGAUCGAUGCACCUCCGUACCAGGUUGGGAUCCAGUUCUUCCAGGUCGGAAACGAAGAGGGCGCGCGUGAGGCCUUGAAGGAGCUCGACGAUGGCUUGGCUGAGCUCGUUGAUGGUGGUGUCAGAGACAUGGUCGAUACCGUAACGUGGAACAAGGGCGGCGACAACACGCUAUCCGCCAGCAACAUAUUGAAGGUAGUGCUGGGUGCCGUUGUCAAGAGGCUCGACAGGCGGAGGGCCAGCGGCGAGAGCCGCCGAUCUGCGCGGCAUCUCGCUCCAUAA